UCGGGCGUUUGCAAUCCGGCGACGGUCAAAAGCUCCUCCGGACCAGGUCCGGUGGUGGAGAGGAGCCUUUUGCCCAGCAAACAUUGUGUGCUGCACAGCCUCGUGACUCACGUCACGAGUUUCUCUGCUGGACCCCUUGAAGAAAGGAAACAGAGAUCGAGUGAUUUUUUUGUUUUCUGUUUCUUAUCCAAGAUCCGUUUGGCUACGGUGUCCUCGAGCCAACAACUGCCUCUUCGAAAUCAUUAUUAUAUCCCCUCGGCUGCCGCCCAUCUGGUCACUUACUUCAGCUUUACUCGACAGACGCCGCCGACUUCAUUGACUCUUGCCUGACACGUCUAGAGCGCCGUUACGCUGCAAGGCAAAAGUCAGAGAAAACGGGAAAAAAAGUAAAAGAAAAAAAAAAAAAAAAACGUCAUGCCCACCUACAUCCACCUCGUCCGCCAUGCGCAAGGUUUCCACAACCUCAGCCAGGCCAACCACGCCAUUCACGACCCGCAGCUCACCGACCUGGGCAUUGAGCAGUGCAAGCGGCUGUGCGCGUCGUUCCCCUUCCACGAGCAGAUCACGCACCUCGUGGCCUCGCCGAUGCGGCGCACGAUACGCACCUGCCUGUUAUCAUUUGCGCCGGUAGCUGCCAGGCCCGGGAUGAAGGUGAUUCUGCUGCCCGAGGUGCAGGAGGUGUCCAACCUGCCGUGCGACACGGGCUCGCCGCGCGAGGUGCUUGCGGAGGAAUUCGGCGACGCCGUCGACCUGUCGCUGCUCAGCAGCGAGAACUGGCCCGACAAGUCCCGCGACACGCCCUUUGCGCCUGUUAUGGAUAAGUUGGAGGCCCGCGCGCAAAAGGCGAGGAGCUGGCUGAGGGAGUUGGGGGCAAAGUAUGAGAGGGAGAAUCCGGGCAAGGAUGCACAUAUUGUUGUGGUUACGCACGGCGGGUUUCUGCAUCUGCUCACGCAGGAUUGGGACGGCAUGAACCCGGAGCGCGGCACGGGGUGGAGUAACACCGAGUGGAGGGCGUAUCAGUUUAAAGGGGAGGCGGAUGAGGAGGCGAGACUUGUGGAGACUCGGGACAGCCGGCGGCAGAGGAGGGGGAGCGAGCAGCCGUUGACUGAGACGGAGCAGAUGGAGCUGCGCAUGGCCAUGGCGAAAGGGUUGGCGGAGGAGUUUGGCGUCGAUGGGGAUGGUCAGUCAGCGAACUAGUAAGGGCUGGGGAAGUAGGGGGUGGGCUUUGCGUUGCGAUUGUUGCUGCAUGGCGGUUGAUCACGAACAACGGAGACGUCCAGACUUGGAGGCCUUCCGCUGUUCCGAAGAUUUGGAUCUUAGAGCUGCUCCGUGAUACGGGUUGGUUACAAUCCUGCUGCAAACUAGGUAGACAGGCUAGAACUUAGACCGCGGUUGCCAACGAGUUCUGCAGAUCAUCCUGGGGUAGAGAGUAGGAUGGGACGACAUGAGAUGCGAAGUCAUCUAUGAAUUCUUUGCACGUAUGCCUCUCACCCCAAGCGCGCGGCAAGCAUUCGCGGCUCUAUCAGUCCGACAGCGAUUGACGUUGAUGUUGCCACAGAGAACGAUAGCCACGGAAGACCU